UUUCUUGUGGAUGGAGGCGCCAAAAAACAAAAUCGAUCGUCUUUUUAGAUUCCAUUUCGAAGAGCACGAGGCCUUAAUUUCACCUUGAGGCAGCAAAUCGAAUUGAGAGAGAUAAUGUUUGGGAGGCUAAGACCGCCGCCAUCUUCGCCGGACAGUCUAGAGAGAUAUCCAGCGAAGAUCAUCAAAGACGAUCCUCUCUCAGUCUACGAGUCAACACUGCUUAAGCUUAAGCAAGGCUCAAGACUGGACACUGUUGGUCCUUCUCCAGAAACAGAGUUUGAGAAUCCGCCUUCAUCUUCAGAUACACAGAGAGAAGCUCAUGAUGAUGUGUCUCUGUGCAAUGGCUCUGAUGAUGCAAUAAUGGGUAUAGACUCGGGUUCUUGUGUAAAGAAGAAGAAUCCGUCAGUGCUAUCUAUGUUUUGCAGGUACAAGAAUCAAGCUCAGGCACGAAACUUGUCACACACCGUGGAUACCACAACGACAGAGACUGAGUGUGCUUUGUAAUGCGACCAAAUCUGAUCUUCAUGUAGUUGCCCGACAUUUUCCAUAUUGCCAAGAAAGAAAUAUAAUUGUGCUGAGUUUAUUGAUGUAAAAAUGUAACUAGACGAUUCUGUUUGGGAAGGUGUCUAGAGAUACUAUGCAUUUUUCUGUUUGUGUGCAAUUAUAUAAUUGUUGGUU